CUGUAAAUGCUGUGUUUUGUGUCUCAAGCUUCCUACUUGGCGUCAUAUUCACCACUGAGGUAUAUAAGUAUAUAUGUAAUACAAUACAUGUACGUUAACAAGGUAAUUUAACCGAACGCAGAUGAGUCUUUCCACAAAAAGAGAUUAUGGGUUGCAUCCUGUCCAUAUGUUGCAGGGUGGAAUGUACGUUUUCACCAUGUGUGACUGGUACUUCAUCGCGAUAUUCUUCAUCUUUAGUGGUUUUCUGGAGUGCACAAUCCUGGGAUGGGUGUAUGGAGUGAAUCGUGUGAGUGAGGACAUUGAACUGAUGACAGGGAAACCUGCUCCAUUGUUCUUCAAGAUCGCAUGGCGCUUUUAUCACGCCCACAAUUCUUCUGACAAUAUCCAUUGUCACCCUUGCUCAGUACAAACUUCCAAAAUACGACAGUUAUGUUUAUCCGGACUACGCUGCUACUAUUGGCUGGUGCCUAGCAACCAUUCCAUGCAUCCCUUUGGUAGUGAUGAUGUUUACAACAAUUUGGAGAAUGGAGGGAAGCUUUCUGCAGAGACUCAGGAAGUCCCUGCAGCCCGACAGUUCCUGGGGUCCUCGUCUUGUUAGAGAUUAUAUGACAGUUGGAAUAAGAAACCAAAUCUCAUUGGAAACCUGUCAUGCUUGAAUCUUCGCUCCAUGUUAUGAUCACAUGACGAAGCAGAUGCUUUAGGACAAAAUGUCAACCGUGAAACUCAUCGUCGUGCAGGACGUAUCUCGAUAAGCAUACCAAGCAUAAGCAUACGAAGAAUUCAUCCCCCGAUUACCGGGCUCUUACUGACAGAGAAUGGGAGUCAUACGGCGUUCAGACAGGUUGUCCUGUUUCCAGCUGGCUCUUCCGGGGUCUGGCCCCAAUUAUUUCCCUUGUUUGCCAUCUACAUUGACAAAACAUUCUACCAUAAUACGUAUCGGCGAUUGGCUGUUCUCCUGUUGCAUACUGACUCGUCUUAGUUUUUAGUUUCAUCAUUGUGCGUUGUUGGAAUAAUAAUUUUUUUCCAAAAAUGUCUGUUAAAGUGAAUAUGUAUGUUUUAUAAUUAUAGUUAUUAGAAUUACCAUUAUAUCAUCUGUAUACUUUUCUGCAGCAUUUCUCUUUUUCACAGGACGGCAGAAAGGCUUGCAUGUAUAAUUGUAUUUAAGUACUCAUAAAUAAAAUGGUUUUUGGCUUUCAUUUUAUCAA